CGUUCUCUUAACUUUCCGUGGUGAUGGCCGUGCAGUAGCUGCGCGUUCCCGUGAAUUCGAAACGGCGUCUGUGGACGGUCAGCGGAAGGCGAGAACACUCACUGCAGUCCUCUUCCGCACCCACUGGUGAAAAAUAAGAACGGUUUGCUCUGGAUUUUUGCGCAGCUGAAAAGAAGCCUGAGUCCGGGCAACCCAGAACGUUACCAAACAUCUAAUGACCAAAAACUCCUCGGAGAGCUUUGCAUUGUAGCUGUGUAGUUGGGCAGCCUGGCUGCCUCCCUGCCUCCAGAUGAAUGAAGAACACUCCGGAUCACAGAGACACUGCUGAUACAGGGCAUGCAGGUGUUUCUGCAAAUAUGAUGAAGAAAAAAAAUCCCAAUAAGAAACAUAAGAGCAACCUGGGCCCAACCACCAAAGUUCUGUCCCAGCCACGACGCAACAUUGUCGGCUGCAGGAUCCAACACAUCUGGAAAGAUGGAAGUGGCCAUGUAGUAUGGAAAGGGACGGUGCUUGACCAGGUACCAGUUAAUCCAUCUCUUUAUUUGAUAAAGUAUGAUGGUUUUGACUGCGUUUACGGUCUGGAGCUCCACAAGGAUGAGAGAGUUCAGGGACUGGAGGUGCUCCCUGACCGAUUGGCUAAAACCCGCCUGACUGAUGUGAAUCUAGCAGAUACAAUGAUAGGCAAAGCGGUGGAACAUAUGUUUGAGACGGAGGAGGGUCCAAAGGAAGAAUGGCGGGGAAUGGUUUUGGCCCGGGCUCCCAUUAUGACCACCUGGUUUUAUAUUACCUAUGAGAAAGAUCCUGUUCUCUACAUGUAUCAGUUGCUGGAUGACUUUAAAGAAGGUGACCUCCGCAUUAUGCCUGACUCCAAUGACAGUGUCCCGGCUGAGAGGGAACCAGGUGAGGUGGUGGACAGUCUGGUGGGUAAACAGGUGGAGUAUGCCAAAGAGGACGGAGGCAAACGAACAGGCAUGGUCAUCCACCAGGUGGAGGCCAAGCCUUCUGUAUACUUCAUCAAAUUCGACGAUGACCACCUCAUUUAUGUCUACGACCUGGUAAAAACCUCCUAAGACUUUGCAGACAUCCUUACCCUCUUGUCCUAGCACGGGAAAAAAAUACAAGACACAUCUGAAACACUCAUGACUUGCUUUGCAGACCCUUAACGACUACGGAAUGUUUUGAAGGCAUAAAGUUGUUUUGUACAUGUUUGAAAAAUAGUUGGAAAGACAACAGAACAAGUCCUACGCAAUGUCGACGUACGUGCAGUACGUAAAACAAGUUGAUUAACAAAAAAAUGGAUUUUCAUGGUUACGCAGGUAGCAAUGUAGCAACAUGGAAGGAAGGAAAUUAAAACUAACUAAAUACACUGAAUACGAGGACAGUUUGAGAUAUCCUCAUCUCAACUAUUACUGACGUGUGAAAAAAUAAUUCCACUGUAGUGUGCCAUACAUUAAUCAAUGUUCACUAAUUAUGUUUUUUUCUUUAUACUUUUGUUGAGAAUGAUACGGUAAAAUACUUCAAAUAAUUGAAUCUUUUCAAGCAUUUGAAAGCUCUUAAAUUAAUGGGGAAAAACAAUUGUAAUAUGUACAAUUUGUGACAGGUAAUGAUUACACAAUUCUUUUCAAAGUAAUGAUUUUGAAAUUGUUUUUUACGGAGCACCUAAAGUGGCAUCAACAGAUAUAAAAUUUAAACCAUCUGGUGCACACCAGAUAGUAUGUGAUGUGCACGAGAAACUAUUUGGUGCGCACCAGAUAGAGAAAAGUAUGUGGUGCACCACAUAUGCGCGCCUGCAGUUUGUGGCCUAUAAAAGGGAACUUUCUGGUGCGCACCAGAUACUUUAUUGGUGUGCACCAGAACAAAUUGUCAUGCGCACCAGAUUGUUUCUAGUGGGAACCCCAUUCUAUCUGGUGACACCAGAUAGUUUCUAGUGCGCAGCAGAUUUUCUAAUGUGUACCAGAUUGUUUCUCGUGUGCACCAAAUCAUUUUUUUUUGUGCUCACCUGAUUGUUUUAGUGCGCAUCACAUACUCUCUGGUGCACACCAGAUUGUUUCUCAUGCGCACCAGAUAGUUUUUAGUACACACCACAUACUAUCUGGUGCACACCAGAUUGUUUCUCUUGCACACCAGAUCGCUUAUAGUGCACACCAUAUACUCUAUGGUGCACACCAGAUUGUAUCUUAUGUGCACCAAAUAGGUUCUAGUGCGCACCACUUACUAUCUGGUGCACACGAGGUUGUUUCUCAUGCGCACCGGAUAGUUUCUAGUGCGCACCAAAUAUGCUCACCUGCAGUUUAUGGCCCGUAAAAGGGAACUCUCUGGUGCGCACCAGAUAGUUUCUAGUGCGCACCCAAUUCUAUCCGCGGCACACCAAUUUGUUUCUCAUGCGCACUAGAUAGUUUCUAGUGAGCACCACAUAUACACACCUGCAGUUUAUGGCCUAUGAAAGGGAACUUUCUGGUGCGCACCAGCUUCUACAGUAGUGUGCACCACAUACUAUCUGGUGUACACCAGAUUGUUUCUCAUACGUACCUGAUAGUUUCUAGUGCGCACCAUAUACUAUCUGGUGUGCACCAGAUGGUUUUAAAUUAUUAUAUCUCUGUUGAUGUCCCUUCAGGGGCUCCGUAGUUUUUCUUUAACUAUUCACGCCCAUUGUAGCAGACGUUUGCGAUAUCCUGUGACUUUCAAGCUCAUAUUAGAUUUGACCAAACUUCAUCAAAAAUCAUUUGGAUUUACUGUAUGUAUCGUGGUUACAGUUUUUGGGAAUAGAUUUACUUUUCUGUCAGUAAUGGACUUCCAUCAACACCAUCAGUGAUCCUUAAGUGGGCCUAUUUAGUAGUUAGUCACAUGCAAGGGCCCCUUGCCAAGGGGACGGAAACUCAUUUGAGUUAAUGAUGACUCCGACGAUAUCAAAACUAAAAAUAUCCCAAACAAAAGCAGGGUUUUGUACAGAAUAAAGCAAGAGACAUUGUAUUACAUGGAAAGAAAAAAAAACUUCAAGAUUGAUGGAACCCUGAAGAUGUCUGCAGGUGAAAACUGUGAUUUGGAAAAAAAAAGGAAUUUUUUCCUGAUUUUCUAUUGCCAAACUGCUUCUCGAUGUGGAUUUUUUUUCAAGUGUUGCAGAGAGUGUUUAUAAUUUCACUUAAGCCUUUGCAUAUGCGUUUGUGUAAUUGCCGAAACUUCGAUGGAGGUUAACAGAAACAAAACAAAAAAUUGUCUUUGUGUAGUAUAGUUUGUGACCGACGCACACUUAUUAUGAUGAUUAUAUUUGCGCUUCCGCCAGUUAAACUUGUUUCAAGAAAGUUAUGCAUUCUUGGUGUUGAAAUUUCAUGGAAAACAAUCUUGUUGCACCUUAAAUCCCAAGGACGGGAUUAGGAAAAAAAAAAACCAAUAUGUAAUAGGACAGUUUUUGUUAGCAGUUUAGUUGAAUUAAUUAAAUUU